GUCCCUUUUGUAUUCUCCAUAUUUGUAGCAAUGGAGCGGGGGAUAAUCACUCAAAAUUCAAAGUGAAUUAAUAAAGACUGUUAGUGCCAAGCUAAGGCUGGCGUAAAUUCUGGCAGAAAUGGCAACAAACCAACCGCCAGCUGUGCUGGCAAGAGAAGCAACUGAAAAGAAUCUCCAACGUAUUGCUAAGUCAGUGGGAUCCAACUGGGAAAUGCUUGGGCCAUACCUUUUAAAGCAAAAUGCCAUGGCUAAAGUAGAACAAAUAAAAGAAGAUCACCAUAAAACUGAAAUGCGUAUAUAUAACCUGCUUCUAACCUGGAGGCAACAGGCUGCACCAGAUACAACGCUUGGUCAUUUAUUCCAUCAGAUGCUUCAAGUUGGUACCUCUGUGACAGUAGAAUGGCGGUCAAUAGCAAAAUACCUAGAUAUUGAUGAAAGAGACAUAAGAGCAUGUAAAAAGGGUUACCAGCCACCUGUACAGGAGCGCUCUACCAAUUUAUCAAUCCCAGAUGAGCAGAAUUCAGCCCAACAGUUUCCUGUUCAGGCUACUGAGGACGAACCUAUGGAAGUUGACUCUGAUCGACGUGUCACGGAAAAAGGAAAAAUGGAAGUUGACUCUGGACCUGUCACGGAAAAAGGAAAAAUUGAAAGUGACCUUGGACGUGUCACUGCAAAAGAAAAGAUGGAAGUAAUGGAAGUUGAUGAAGAACAUGGUAGUGAAGAAAAAUUUAGACCAUCGUUAGAGGACCGGAAACAUAAUAAAACAUGUAGACCUCCUAUGGAUGCUUGUAUAUUUGAUGGUCGAUUGAUCAAGCUUGAGAAGAAAGAUAUCAGUAUCUUGGAACAUGUUUGUGUUAAGGAGAUCGGGAGAGGUGGAUUUGGAAAGGUUUAUUCUUCUUCAGAUUAUUCAGAUGAAUCUAUUCCAAAUGGCUUUGGAAUGCAUGUUGCUGUAAAGAAGAUAAAAGUUCCAGAUAAGGAAAAUGAAGACUAUAUCAGAUCAAUCAGAAGGGAAAUGAUAACGUCUAGAAUAAUGCACCCAUUUGUUCUUCCGUUAUUAGCUGUUGUUGAUCGACUUCAAGGGAACUUGGAAUUUUGGUUUGUUUCUCCACUGUGCAAAAAUGGUGAUCUUCAUGCUGCUAUUAAGAAGGGCAAUGUAAUAACUAGAGAGAUGACAUUUGUGAAGAUUCUUCUCCAUAUUGCAUUGGCCAUCCAGUACAUCCACACUGCAGUGCCAAAUGUCAGGGAUGUCAUCCUUCAUAAGGACAUUUCGUCUAAAAAUGUUGUGUUGGAUGAUAAAUUUAAUGCUCGCCUAAUUGACUUUGGAUUGGCAAGAGAAAAAGACGAUGAAACAACAAAUGUAAAAGGAAAAGUGUAUUAUUUACAUCCCGAUUUUGGAAAACAUGGUGCUACGGAAAGCUGGGAUUAUUACAGUUUUGGAGUCAUUAUUAGGGAAGUGUUGACUGGUCUUGAGCCUCAAGGAUGUGGAAAUAAGUUUCUAAAGUUUAUGGAAGCUGAUGAAGUCGAGAGGAUUCUUAAGGAUUUAAAAGAACAAAAGAAAUGUAUUUGGUCAGCAAAUGAUAGAGACAUACAACUUAAUAGUGUUGCUGAAAAGUGUCUAAAACAAAAUGACUGGAAAGUUGAAAAAUUUGACACAAAUGUUGUUCAAGGAAUAAAAAAAAUCUGGAAGGACUUUGGUCAAAACAAGAUACUAGACCUAAAAGACCAAGCUAAAUGUCAUAUAUGCAUGAUAAAUCCAAAAGCGAGGGAAACCUCGAUGACACAGAAGCAUGCAGACAAUUGUAGCCAGAAAAUUGAAGUGUGCAUAGCUUGCGAAAAGAACUCUUUUCUCAAUCCAGUCACAUGUUACUGCGGAACAGAAUUGCAACCAGAAAUAGGAAGUAAGUAUGGUGCAUUGCUGGUAGCAGGAAAUGAUUUGAAAAACAUGUCAGUGGCAGAAGCAUUGACAAAGGAUAUCAAGGAGCUAAAGAAACUGAUUACGUCAAGAGCACCACGUAUAAUGGGAAUGAGUGAAAGAAAGGUUCACACAGUAGUACCAAGAAAACCUGGAGAAGGGCCAGAAAAUCUUUGGCCAAAAGUGAAAGAAUGUAUAGAUAUCUUUAGCGAAGAUAAAGAUAUUGAUACAUUGCUGAUCUAUUUUUCCUGUCACGGUGCAAAGAACAAGGGCUCUGGUGAUGCAGAAAACAAUUGUUUUGAACUUGGAUCAGAAAGUAUUGCAAUGACAACGUUUCAGAAGGAGUUGAAACGUCUGGACAAUAUUGAUAAACUGGUGAUAGUUUUAGAUCGCUGCCAUCCUUCAAGGAUAAAGUUUCAGGACGGUAGAAAAUUCAUUCAGAUAAAUGCAUGCAAAGAAAACCAGAAGGCAGACAUAACGGAUGAAGGCAGCAUUUUUACAAAAUAUCUCGUUCAAGGAUUAAAAGCAAAUUCAGAGGGGAAGAGAUGCGCUGACAAUUGUCAGUGUUGUAAUGACUACUGGGCAAAAAGGACUGAUUUUAUUACGGUCCAAAGCUUAUAUGAUUAUGUAAAGCAUCAUAUGAGGAAAGUAUCUCCGACAAUAGCUUUGGACUUGCAGGGAGACAGCAGCAACAUUGCAUUCUACACAGACGACCAAGUUCUUAUAGAGUUUGAGGAUUGUACUGGCACUAAAAAAGAUGUACCGCUUGAGUAUCUUCAAAACAUAGAGCAGCUGGAAUCUAAAUUGUUUAAGAUGUUUGAAAAAGAGGAUAAAGUGAAUAAAGUCCGAAUACUAAGACAUACGUAUAGAAAAGAGAAAGAUCUAGAAGAGUGUGACACACUGGAAAAGGUUAUGUCGGCCUGGGUCCACAGACAACCAUUGAAAGUAAAAUUUGAACCUGUCUGAUAUCAUACGUAUAGAAAAAGGCAGUGAUAUAGAUACAGAAAUGCAUUACCAUGCAAACUUGUACACAACUUGUAUUGGCAUAAUAUCUCGGUUCCUUUCGAAAACUAGCCAGAUCCCAUCAUGGGUUCGAGAGGGGCCCCUUAAAUGGCCAAAAUUUGCUAUUUUUGGCUUGUGAACAUAAUAGAGACCACAUUUUGCAAUCAACUUUACUCAGACUUGCACACAACAUGUAUUGGCAUAAUAUCAUGGUUCUUUUCGAAAACUGGCCGGAUCCCAUCAUGGUUCCACAGUUAUGGCCCCUUUAAGGGCCAAUUUUUGCUAUUUCGGCUUUUGCAGCCAUAUAGAGACGUCAGUUAUGGUUAGAUUUGAUACAAACUUGCAAAAUUACUCUAGCCCUAACCCUAACCCGUGAGGUCGAAUCAUAGGUUCUAGAGUUAUGGCCCUUGAAUGAACAUUGAAAGUGCCAAAGUAUGUUAAUUUUUGCCUUGUGACCAUUUUGCAUUCAACUUUAGAAAAUCAUGCACACAACUUAAAUCACAGUAAGAUAUCCAUUCCCGUUGCUUGAAGGUCAAGGUCACACAUUGAGGUCAAAGUCAGCACUUAUAAAUAAAAUGGUUAUAUCUCUGCAACUAUUGAUGGUAUUGGUUUUGAAACUUUAUGUAUGUCAUCAGGUUGACCUAGACACUAUGCACUUAUUAUCCCCCGCCGAUGAAAUCGGGAGGGGGGUAUUGAAAUGGCGUUGUCAGUCCGUCCGUGCGUGCGUCCGUCCGUCCGCAGCCAUUUCUCAGUAACUAGCAGGUAGAAUUUCAUGAAACUUGAAAUAAACAUGAACCAACAUACUGCGAUGAUGCCCGUCAAGUUUCUUUUUGGAUUGGUCAAUUUCCCUUCGAGUUAUUGCCCUUGAUUUAAUGAAAAAUGCUCCAAAAAUGUCUGUCCGCAGCCAUUUCUCAGUAACUAUCGGGUAGAAUUUCAUAAAACUUGACCUAAACAUGCACCAGCAUACUGCGAUGAUGCCCGUCAAAUUUUUUAUCGGAUUGGUCAAUUUCCCUUAGAGUUAUUGCCCUUGAUUUAAUGAAAAAUCUACAUCUGCAACCAUUUCUCAGUAACAAGCUGGUAGAAUUUCAUGAAACUUGAAAUAAAUAUUAACCAACAUACUUCGAUGAUGCCGGUCAUUUUUUUUUUCAAUUGGUCAAUUUUCCUUAGAGUUAUUGCCCUUUAAUUGUUUAAAAAUCUACAGAUUUGUACAUAACAAACCAACCCAUUGGUAGAAUUUCAUUAAACUUCUUUCAUUCUUUUCCAUGAACAUUUAGUAUAAACAUCUGAAGUUUUGUACCCACACCUGGUCACCACCUUGCCUUGGUCACACAUCCUCCCCCUCUCAACCCCCCCCCCCCCCCCACCCCAAAAAAAUCAUUCCUUUUUUUUUUUCCAAACCUUCCAUGAAUAUUUAUUAGCAUGCAGAGUUGUACCAUUCCCCCACCUCACUCUACAGUCGGUCUUGCCCACCACCCCGAUCAUACG